UUCUCCGCUUCCAAGCGCCUCCACGCGACCCGGAAGCUGUACUUGUGACGCUUCUUUCCCUCUCCCACAAUACCUCGCGCUCUUCCUUUCCAACCCGGGCCCGGCAGAAUGGCUCCCGCGAAGAAGGGUGGCGAGAAGAAGAAGGGCCGUUCUGCCAUCAACGAGGUAGUGACGAGAGAAUACACCAUCAACAUUCACAAGCGCAUCCAUGGAGUGGGUUUCAAGAAGCGUGCCCCUCGGGCACUCAAAGAGAUCCGGAAAUUUGCCAUGAAGGAGAUGGGAACUCCAGAUGUGCGCAUUGACACAAGGCUCAACAAAGCUGUCUGGGCCAAAGGAAUAAGGAACGUUCCAUACCGCAUCCGUGUGCGGUUGUCCAGAAAACGUAACGAGGAUGAAGAUUCCCCGAACAAGCUCUACACACUGGUCACCUAUGUACCUGUCACCACUUUCAAAAAUCUACAGACAGUUAAUGUGGAUGAAAACUAAUCGCUGAUUGUCAAAUAAAGGAAUACGACGGGGUAACUAAAAGCUGUAAAGUGAAAUAAUGAAAACAGUGAUGCCUGAUGCAUUUCCAAGUUGUAUCCACACUGCUGCUCAAUUGGAGAAUCCGUAUGUAAUGCGAUGGAAGACACUUCCAGUGGGAUUUAGCUGUAUAUUUAUGCUGGGAAUAGGGCCAUGGUUGAGAACUGAGUUUUAGGAGAGAUCUCCAUGAUUUUGAAGUAAAUGAAAGCAAGGUGUUAAGACAGCCUAUUUUUUGUUUAUAGCAAAAACUGAUAUCACAUAUAUCAGAAUAUUAGUACUGGUGGCUCUGGGGGAUGAGAUUAGAUUUGACUUUUUUUUUUAAUUGAGGCAUAACUUACCAGCAGCUUUGAAAUGUGACUAUAUCCAAGAGAUAGGAUGAAAAUUUGAAACUCCCCAACACUUCUGAAUAUUCUAGGAGGGUGUUAAGGCCACAUGUUACUGUGGUCAAAAAAGACCCAAGAAACACUGCAUUGCUAAAUUCCACUCUUGAAGGCUCACAGUAAGUACACAUUAGCACCAAACAGAAUGAAAUCCUUUAAUAAAGGACCAUUUCCAACUUGGACCCUACAUUCCACAAACUUUGGGGGUAAUCUUUUUCAAAUAAAAACCUAGCACCAGGGGGGCACCUGGGUGGCUCAGUGGAUUAAAGCCUCUGCCUUUGGCUCAGGUCAUGAUUUCAGGGUCCUGGGAUAUAGCCCCACGUCAUUGGGCUCUCUGUUCAGGGAAUCUUCUUCCUCCUCUCUCUCUGCCUAUUUGUGAUCUCUGUCAAAUAAAUAAGUACAAUCUUUAAAAAAAACAAACAAAAACAAAAAACCUAGCACCAUCCGGGCACUUAAAUACAGUCUAGAUACUGUUCAAAGGUUUCAAAGAGCUUUACUAGUACUGUAUAUUAUAGUACCAAUGAUUUUUAAGAAACUGAAGAGAGAAUAGUAAUCCCUUCUAAGGAAGAAUGCUGUGUCCACAGUACCCUCCACCCCCAAAUGCUAUCACCUCUAGGCAGUAAAUCUUCAUCGCAACCUAGGUGAAUAUAGGAGGAGUAGGAUAUAAAUACUUGAAAGAUAGGAUAUGGCACAACUGCCCUUUGUGAAGCGUUUAGAUUAUCUUGUGUAUCUGAAUCACAAUUCAAAUAUUUCCCUUGUAAUCACAACAUUCAGCUCCUGUAAGUUGUACAAGAUCCUUUGAUUAUUGCUUUAGAGGUUGAGGGGCCCAGCUUAACUUUAUCAAGCUUGCCUCUGAACAAAUAACUUGGCACAACAGUUACCUUUGCACCUAAGUCCAUACCUGGCUCAUUUUGGGCAAUUCUUUCUCAGUUUUAUCUUUUUCUUUGGCUAAAUCCUUAAUCAUUUGCUUCAACUGUUUCUGGUAAUCAGUUGCAUCACCUGGAGACAGAGGAAACACAAUAUAUACUUUAGGCUAAAAUUCAGUUAAAGCAAAAA